AGACAGCCUGGCAGACAGGUGCGACUCCACAGCCUGUUUCAUUUUCUCUCGGUCCUUAUAAGUAGAGCCAUGGAUACCCGCAAGGAAAACAAGGUAAGAAAAGCCAUGAAACCCAAAACGACGAAGCGAAAAGAGAAGAAAUACAAAACCGGGAGGUUUAUUAGACGGAAAUCGCUGCGGUCUUUUGGGAAUUUCAUGGGAAGGAUCCUUAAAACUUUGGGCACUUUGGCGCACUUUGGCGACGCGGAACCGCCGGACGCGGAGGACGACGACGGCGGCUUCGGGCAGAGCGCUUCAGGGGGGUUCAAAGACGACUGUGCGCAGACCCCCAGGGAGGGGACCGUGAAGAAGAGCUCCACGGUGUCCUCCUCUCACGGCUCGGUGAAAGACAGGCUGUCGUGGUGCCACGGCGACAAGACCCCCGGGGUGCUGGGACUGAAGAACCACGGCAACACCUGUUUCAUGAACGCCGUGGUUCAGUGCCUCAGCAACACGGACCUACUGGCCGAGUACCUCGGGCUGGAGCAGUACAAGACGGAUCUGUGCCACCGGAGGGUGAACGGGGAGGUGAGAGGCGAGGAGCCGGAGCCCGCCAGGGGAGAGGUGACCGAGCAGCUGGCGUCGCUGGUUCGAGGACUGUGGACCCUGGAGUACACCCCGCAGCUGUCUGUGGAGUUCAAGAGCAUAGUGGCCAAGUACGGCUCUCAGUUUCGAGGAAACUCUCAGCACGACGCCCUCGAGUUCCUCUUAUGGCUUUUGGACAGAGUUCAUGAAGAUGCUAAUCCCAGCCCCAACAACAACACUAACAGCAGCAGCAACAGCAGCAGCAGCAAGACCAAAGCCAAUGCCAAGGGAUCCAAUUCAUUGGAGGAUCCUUCCAGUCCCAGUUCAGCCAGCAAACAGCAGCCUCGAGAUCGACACAGUUUCGUCCAGGAACACUUCCAGGCUCAGUACAGGUCUUCCCUGACGUGCCCUCAUUGCCUUAAGCAGAGCAACACCUUUGACCCGUUUUCAUGUAUCUCCCUGCCUAUUCCCCUACGACAAACCAGACCGAUGUGUGUGACGCUGGUGUUCAGUAUUAAGGGUCAGAGGUAUCUGCGGGUGGGGCUGGCUGUACCUCUCUUUGGAUCCCUGUCCUGCCUCAGAGCCAUGGUGGCAGAGGAGGGCAACAUCUCCCCGGAUCAGGUCAUCCUAUCAGAGUUGUACUCCACGGGUUUCCAGCGCUCCUUUUCAGAUGAUGAUGACCUGACAGCAAUUGCUGAUAGCGACGUCAUCUACGCCUUUCAGGCUCCUCCCCUCUAUAGUCGUGGAGGCUCCGCACCACACUCAGGGUAUCACCAUAGCCUCCCCUCCUCCCCCUACACCUCUACUUCUGGACCCAACGGUCAGAGGUUACCUCCAUCUGGCACCCUAUCCUCUGAAUACCUGAACCAGGGCGCCUCCACCAAGGUCCUCCUCCUCAUCUGCAACACCGCAGGAUCCGGCCAGCAGGCUGUCAGGUUUGGGCCUCCAUUUCUCAUGCGUGAGGACAGGAGCAUCUCAUGGGAUCAGCUGCAGCAAAGCAUCCUCAGCAAGCUCUAUUAUCUGAUGCUGAAUGGAUCUCAGGCUCAGAAUGCUGGCGUGCUGUUUAAGAUCCGAGUAGUUGGAGGGUCAGCGGCCUACAGCUACCUGUCCCCGCAGGACAGCCGCCCGCUCUACCACCCUGCGGUUGACAGAGCUCUGAAGUUCUGUGGCCCUGGGGGACCUCCUCAUGUGAAGGUUGUCAUUGAGUGGGAUAACAAGACUAAAGAAUGUCUGUUUGGCAGCAUCCAAGAGGAGGUGGUCAAGGAUGCGGAGAGUGUGAGGAACCAGCAGCAGCAGCAUCUUCAGCAGCACAGCUGUACCUUAGAUGAGUGUUUUCAGCUGUAUACCAAAGAAGAACAGCUUGCCCCAGAUGAUGCCUGGAAGUGUCCCCACUGUAAGCAGCUUCAGCAGGGAAUGGUGAAGAUGAGCCUGUGGACUCUCCCCGACAUACUGAUCCUCCAUCUCAAGCGUUUCCGACAGGUGGGCGAGCGAAGGAACAAGCUGUCAACCCUGGUACGUUUCCCUCUGACUGGUUUGGACAUGGCCCCCCAUGUGGUAAAGAGGAGUCAGAGUAUGAGGAACCUGCACUUAGGGGCCUGGCCACCGCCCUGGAAGCCCCCCUCAGGCCAACACCACCAGCCUGCCGACAUGACCCUCCCACAUGACUCUCUGUACGACCUCUAUGCUGUGUGUAACCAUCAUGGAGGAAUGCACGGAGGCCACUAUACAGCUUACUGUAGGAACUCAGUGGACGGACUGUGGUACAGCUACGAUGACAGCAGCGUAGACUUGGUGCCAGAAGAGGAAGUUUGUACCAGAGGAGCCUACAUCCUGUUCUACCAGAGACGCAACACCAUUCCUCCGUGGUCGGCCAGUUGCUCUGUCAGAGGAUCCACAAGUUCAUCAGUGUCAGACCAUUGGCUAAUCCGGCUAACUGGAGACAGUAAAAGAGGCAGUCUGGUUUCUCGAUCUUCCACCACCUGCCCAUCUUCCUUACCUGACUCGCCCGAGUCUCCAGUCUUCCUUGAAAAUGGUUCUAAAGAGGAAAAAGGGGGUUUUGAGAGCAGGCCAUUUAUCAGGGGUCUCCAGGGUCGCAGCGUGAGCAUGAGAGCCCCCAGUAAGACCAAGGACACUCUGAGCAAAGUGCUUCCCCUGCGCUGGUCCCUUGGUUCAAAGGACAGACGGAAACCUGAUCCAGUGCCUCCACCUGUCCAAGACCCUGCCCCCGUGGAGCUGGUACAAUACUUGGAAUCUGGCCGGCGGCCUCGCUGCACAAAGGAUCCAAUAGUAACAUUGAUGAGCGAACCACGUGCCACAAAGGAAGCUCCUGAGGGCAGGGCAGCAACCAACGUCCGAUCUUCUAGUGUCGGGAGCUUAAGUUGUAUGAGUAAGGCAGGAGAUGAGCUGCCACCUGAGUCUUCACAAAUCCCGGAGGGCCAGAGGAGGCCAUCAGAUAAGACAGCCAGCUUGAGACGCCGGAAGGGGAGCCAGACAAGAGAUGAGAGCAACACAAAUAUCAGCAGUAGCUUUAGCAGUAACACACUCACCAGGAGGAAGGAGGCCAGGAAGCAGAGCUCCUCCAAAGCUUCCCAGGAUACUACUGGGACAAAAAGGAGUGCUGGAAUUCAGCCCAGCUACAGCACUCCUAGUCUCCAAGAAGGGACCCUUAGAAGACAAAAAGGGGACAGGGCUGAUAGGGAACACGGUGCACAUGAAGGAAACUCUAAGACCAAGAAAGGAGAAGUUGCCAAGAGCCAUGAGGGACUGCUCUCCUUCUUUAAAGGUAACUUCCUGAAGAAGGACUCGAGGAAGUCCAAGGAGGGUGAGUCAGGGAGAGAGGGAGGUGAUGAAGGAGGCAGAAGGACACUCUCUAAACUGUCACUGUCCAACGGAGCAGCAGGAGGAGCAACCGGGAUGGAAGGAGGCAAGUCUAAUGGCUCGAGCCAUCUGGGAGAUGAUCUGCCAAACGGGAAGGUUGGACGAACCGCGGCGGACAUUAAACGCUCCCAAAGCUCCUCCAACAUCCCAACCAAAGCAGAGCAGAGCAUGCGUAGGACAGCGUCUUUGCAUCGUAAUGGGAUGUCCACAGCACCAUCCCGCAGCCUGACAACAGAAAAGCCGUCUUACGGCACCCUGCAGAGGACUCGCUACAGCACAACCUCGCUGGGACGCAAAAGGACAGUCCCCGAGUCCAGCUUCUGACAUAUUCAACACAUCCACACACACACACACACACACACACUCACAAAGCCUUUUAUCUGUCAUGAAGUGAAUGACGUCCAAUCUUUGAGAUCAAAGCAAUAGAGCUCGACUCACAAUGGUGCGCCUUUUUGUCCGCGGAAAAUGAAACGGCUCAAGUGGCCUGCACCAUGGAGUUUAGAGAAAUGAAGGGUCUGUUAAUGCUGGGAUAUAAAGAGCAGAAUGAAAUAAUGGGACCUGUCCGUCAGAUGUCAGAGGGAGUCCAUUUUUAUUCUGUUUUUAAAAUGACUUAACACAAGUGCCUGAGCAACUAAUAUGCAGUUUAGACCAAUGAGUUUGUCAGUUUAGCACAUGAAGCACGAAAAUUACAUGCACAUACAAGCAAAUUAUCCACAUUUGUGUCUUACUGCUGUAGUGUGGGUGUCGGGAUUCAUCUCUUCAUUUUUUUUUAUUCUCAUGGUCAUUUGCUUCAAAUCAAGACACGCUGAUUGUGUUCAUUUUUAAGAAUGUAAUGUGUCCACUUGAUUCACGGCAGUGCUUCGAGGCUACAGUUUUCUGAUUAACAUCAAUUACUCAUCUAUAAUCCCUCGUUCAAUGGUUUUAAACACAAAGCAGUGUUUUUAUAAAGCAUUGACUUGUCCUCAUUUGAACCAGACUGCAGCUGUUUAUUCCAUGUAAAACCUGCGGAAAAAAGACCAGGAGCUCUAACUGUUACUCCUACACAGCUUGUACUGCAGGGUCAGAGUGGUAAUCUGUGGAAUCACUGACCUGGGUCUUAGUCUUUAUUUGGCUAAGAUGCCAGAACCAGUUAUAUUUUAUAACUGCGCCUGAUUAACGUAACUGUGGGGGAAGGAUAUUUAGAAAAUACAUUUGUCCCCUGUGAAGAUUGAUGGUAAUGCAAUAUUCACUCCUUAGCAAAUGUUUCACAUCUUUUAUAUAGCACCAGUUAACCAUAUUGAAUGCAUUCCAUGGGAUCUUAUUUUCCUCUUCUAUUUUGGUGUUGCCACUUUAUUUUUUAUAGUGAAUGAUUUCCUGUGUUUUCCAUUAACUUCAUCAGCUGUCAGGAAGCAUUUAGCUGUAUGCUAUAUGAAAGCAGUGACCCCAAUUAGCACAGCAAGAGGGUGUGAUUUUUUUCCUCCUAACUCAAAACAAAAAGUGGCUGCAUCACAUGCUGUUCUAUUGAAGCUGUAAUUACAGCCGUCAAACAAAAAAACUCCUUUUUCUUUGAUUGUGAGAAUUUUUUUUAAUCAUAUUCUGACAUUCACUGCUGUCGAUUUUUGCAAGCAGUCUUCACAGAGCUGGAAAUAUUCUAGUCUAAUAUUGACCACAUUUGACCACUUAUUGCAAGGAAAAGUACUGCACGAAACACCAAUAUGGAUGCAAAAAUCGUUUAAUUCAUUUAAUUAUCCCCAGACUGAACAAUCUAUUAUAUAGAUGUCUUGCCUAAAUGUCUAAAUUUAGACUUUUCUUCUCAAGAAAUGAGGUGAAACACAGUGCACAUUUUUAGAUGUAUUUCAUUUUUAUAUAUGCAUUUACUGUGGGUUAAAGAGCUGCCAACACUCACUGUGACAUGUCAAAGAAGAUUCUUCUCAGUGUCUUGUUUGUACACCUGCUUGGAGCACAAUGCAGCCCUUUAUACUGCAGUCAUACAAAAAUCUAACAAAUGCUAACCACACUAGAAGACUUUGAAAAUACUAUUGAAAGACUAAAGAUUGACGCCUUCUCACAUCUAAAGACAGUGAGAGUACUUUGUCACACAGUCUACAAUUUUGCAAAGACUGGGAAUCUUGCAAGGUCACGGUUUGCAAGAUGACAGUUAGAAUCCAUUUGAUAUUAUUUCCCAUCCUGCUCCUGGUGGUAAAUAUUACACCAAACUCCCUUUAAGAAAUAUGACACUAAAAAUUCCUUCCAUGUCUGCAAAAACACAUAAAGCUAAAAACACAAGAUAAAAGGCAUCCUAUGUUGACAGUAUUCUUGUCAAUUGUGCUUCAAUAUAAUCUAAAAAGAUAAUCUGUAUAUGUGUAAAAACUUUACAGUUUUGGCUUUUGGGGGGAUUUAAAAUUUAAGAUUUUUCCCUGACAUAGGUGGUGGAUCAGAUACAUGCUUUAACUAAACAUGGACUCUUGAUUUACUCCACAACUCUAACACAGACAACUAAGACUUGUUUGUAUUCCUGAGCCUUCUGGCAGUUCCCUUGAUGUUUAUUGUCUACCUGAUUUGCUGCCUCUUGUUUGGUGCUGUAGAGAGCACACCUGUUUCAGUAUUUGCAAUGUUAAAAACCUCCAAAUAUAUUGAACAGAUAUGAAUUUCAGAAUGUCACAACAAGAGAAAGACUGACUUAAGGCAGUUCAGAGUUUAACAAACACAUUACACCGAAUGAUGGAGAUCACAGGUGCAUGCAGUAGUUGAAGUAAAAUACUCAUGAUUUAAUUCCAAACUUGGGAAUUAGUUAGCAACACUAAAAUUGCAUUAAAAAGUCAUUAAUGCCGGUGGCUGCCAUAAAUGCACCAUCAAUAGUAUUGCCCCUUUGACACUAAACUAAUCCCAUGGAUUAGACGAUUGAUUUUCGUUUUUUCAUAGAUCUUGCAUCUUCAUUUUGAAAGUACAUCAUGCAACAGUGAAAAACUAUUAAAUGUUAAGUACAAACAUCUAAAUAAUAAUCUUUUCGACAGGUUUUCAUUAAUAAUUUCCCACUAAAUGCAAACUUAAAACGGAAAUACAUAUAACAAUGUGUCUUACAAUUCACUCUAUUUCUUUGUUCCAUUUGUUUUUAAUUUAUGCAUUUAAAUCUUUCAUACUCAUCAGCAAGAACUCGAAUUUUGCACUUGUUUUGUCAAUCCGGUAUAAUGAAGGUUUUGCUGGGCAUGGUUCUUUUCACAGCUUGGAGUAUUAUGAUAAAUGAUGGUGGUGUUUAUGUCCCAUGAAGUUAAUUUAUACUUUGUAGGAUUUACUCUUAGGGCACAUGCAGGCAUAUAUUAUUUAAUUCAGUAUAAUCUGUUGUAAUUAUGGUUAAUUGUACUUUGCUUCCUUUUUCCCAGAAUGAACAUGCUUCACAUUUAAAUAGGCAGUUGUUCACUUGUUUCUAAUACUCAGUACAAUUAAUGUACACUCUCGGGGACUAAGCAGCUUCAGCCAGAGUCCCCUUGCUUGCAUAACUGCUGGAGGAAAGCAGAGCAUUAAUUUCAUUUUCCUGCACGGCACCUCCCCAGCCCCUGCAUUAAUUAAAAUGGGUGACUUCCUUGUCAUAAGUGUGCUUCAAAUUCUGAUCGUGCUAGAAGUGUGUAAGCGGCCAGCUGGAUGACCUCAUCCGCUGCCGCAGAGAUGUUUCAAUGUUGUAUGUGCACAGAAAUUUCCCAUGAUGCCUUCUCAGACUACACAUGUAUGCCCCCUUGUUGAUAUUUGCACAUUGCUGAGAAUUUAAUUUGCACUUUACACAUUUGGGAAUCUCUUGAGUAAAUAACAAUACUGCUUAUGCUGAAUAGGAUUCUCAAACUGAAUGACACUGGUGUUUAAAACUCAGUCAUCCUUGGGGCAGUUUACCAUCGGGGUUAGGUGGAAAAAUAAGCGCAAUAUGUUUGUUUUUAAGGUGGGGUAGCUGCAUUUAUUCACUUCUCACCUACACUAAACACUGUUGGUGAAGAUCAUCACUCAUCCAGGUCACGGUAAUUCUAGGUGCUAAAUUGUAGGCAAGUGGACUCGCUUGAGUUCCUUGAAGACGUUUCACCUCUUUUCCAAGAAGCUUUUUCGGUUUGAACUGUGUGCGUGAGUGAGUGUUCAUUGUCUAGGACUACUGCGAUAGACUUCAGACGCUGUGCUGUAGCCGUGCUGUGGCCAUAACAUGGCACUGAUGGACCCGCUGGAAUUUAGCAGUAAC